AACAGUGGUGUACCAGUUAUUGGAACUGUUGGACAAUAGAACAAGAUUACAGAAAUAGUAAGGUGUUAUAUAAGAUCAAUAUCAAGAUGAAAAAAUCAAGUGGUAAGACAUACGCUUCCAGCCAAGAGGACAGCGAAAAUGAUAGUGAUGUGACAGAAUGCAGCAUUGGAAGUAAUUCCACCGCCGGUACUCAUCGCAGCGACACGCCCACUCGUAGCGCCCGUUAUAAACGAAAAGGUCGUCGCAGGAGUAAGACAGCAAAGUACAAACCUUGUACAGACAAACCAAUGUACAAAUUUUGCUGUAGUGUCAAGGAAGAUCACGGGCAGCCCUUAUUUGGCGUACAAUUCAAUUAUCAUUUGAAAGAAGGCGAACCGUUGAUAUUUGCCUCUGUGGGUAGCAAUCGCGUAAGCAUUUACGAGUGUCAGCAGGGCGGAAAUAUACAGCUACAACAAUGUUACGCCGAUCCAGACACAGAGGAGAAUUUUUACACAUGCGCGUGGACAUACGACGACUCUGGGAAACCUUUGCUAGCUGUAGCAGGAUCCCGUGGAGUUAUCCGAGUUAUAAGUCCUGCGACAAUGACUUGUAUCAAGCAUUACAUCGGUCAUGGGCAUGCAAUAAAUGAGUUAAAGAUUCAUCCGAGAGAUCCGAACAUUCUAUUAUCAGCAUCGAAAGAUCACGCUCUGAGACUAUGGAACAUCAAAACGGAUGUGUGUAUCGCGAUUUUCGGUGGCGUGGAAGGCCACAGAGAUGAAGUCCUGAGCGCUGAUUUCGACAUAAAAGGUCAAAGAAUCAUAUCAUGCGGAAUGGAUCAUGCUCUUAAGUUGUGGUCUUUGGAGAAACCAGACAUGCAAGACGCGAUAAAACAGUCCUAUCAUUGCAAUCCCACUCGCAAUGGCAGGCCCUUUGAUUCAAUACUGCAACAUUUUCCAGAUUUUACCACUCGUGACGUUCAUCGAAAUUAUGUGGACUGCGUGAAGUGGUUCGGCGACUUUAUCCUGAGCAAAUCCUGUGAAAACUGUAUUGUAUGCUGGAAGCCAGGUAGACUUGAGGACUCGCAAUUGCGCAAUGGAGAAACGAGUGCGACGGUUUUACACCGUUUCGAGUUUAAGGAGUGUGACAUUUGGUUUAUACGCUUCUCAAUGGAUUUUUGGCAGCGUACGAUCGCGUUAGGGAAUCAGGUCGGUCGCACUUAUGUUUGGGAUUUGGAUGUAGAUGAACCUGGGCAAGCACGCUGCUGGUCUCUUCAGCAUCCCCGUUGCACCGUACCGAUUCGCCAAACUAGCCUAAGUCGAGAUGGCUCCGUGUUAUUAUGCGUUUGCGACGACGCGACAAUCUGGAGAUGGAAUCGCGAUCAUUAACUCUAUUCAAAUUCAU